UACCGGUCAGUUCUACCAACAAUAAUCCUGGAAGCGUGGGAAAUGUGUUUACAGCACGCGAAGAAGGCGGUAAAAGUGUGUCUGCUCAGCCGAUCGUUGAGUCAUUUGUUGAAAUGGCUAUUCAUUUUUGUGUAAGGAGAAGAUAAAUGCACAUUAAUAUUCCAUAACUUUGUUUGCACAUUUUCACUGCCCUCAUUGUACUUACCUCUAAAAAAUGGACCAUUUGAAAAUCUGGCUGAAAGGAUUUAUCCGCCUCUGCUUCGUCCUCGUCAAUAAUGCUUAUACCAUCCCAACUUACACAGUUUGGAUACUACUUCUCACACCUCUCCGAUUUCUUCAUCCUGACCUGUUUUGGCGCAUUGAAGGCUUUUUCUUCCAUUGGCUGCUGGCCAUGGUCAGCAUGUGGAGCUGGUCUGCAGGCUAUGAUAUUGUUGAGCUUGGUGAUGACUAUCGCCCUUGUCUGCACAUGCCAGCUCUUUUGAUUGCCAACCAUCAAUCAACUGCUGAUGUCCCCAUGCUGAUGGCGGCAUACAAUGCAAAACCUAAUAUUUUACCCAAUAUUAUGUGGAUUAUGGACCGCGCAUUCAAGUUCACUAAUUUUGGUGUGGUAUCUACUCUCCAUCAAGAUUUCUUCCUUCGGAUUCAAAGAGGUAAAAGAGAUGAGUGUCUGAAGGAAUUAAGAGAGCACCUUCAUAGUUCCUUCAGUGCUUUAGGGCGCCACUGGAUGGUGCUGUUCCCCGAGGGUGGUUUUCUUCGUAAGAGGCGAGAAACAAGUCAAAGAUAUGCUCUCAAAAAUAACUUGCCUGUACUGGAACAUGUUUCUUUGCCAAGAACUGGUGCCAUGGAGGCCAUAGUAGAAGAGUUAGCAGUGCCAUACCAACAUAAUAAACAGCAAGUCAGCAAGGGCAAUAAUGUCUCUCAACCCAGUUUACAUAGUGAUCCAAAGCUGAUAAAUUGGGUGCUUGAUGUUACUAUAGCUUAUCCAGAAGGGAAACCUCUGGAUUUACCCACAAUUAUUACUGGAUGGCGAGAACCUUGUAAGACAUACUUAUUUUACCGGUUAUAUAACAUGGCAGAUGUUCCUAGAGAGCAAGAAGGCCUAACUAAGUGGCUGUUUGACCGUUGGGUUGAGAAAGAAGAAAUGCUAAAGCAGUUUUAUGAGACGGGCAGUUUUCCAUCAGAAAAGUUUUCAACUCAACCCAUGCCAACUCAAAUUGUAUCUCAAGACACAUUGCGUUUUGUUAUCCUUCACAUUUUCUUCCUUGUCUCUAGCUAUGUUCAUUAUUGCAUGUUCUCAUAUGUCUUUCAGUUCUGGUAGCAAAUUUUGAGUCAACUUAAAGCAUUCAAUGUUUAAAGUUGUAUGGCUACAGUUUUUUUCAAUAGGUGUACUGAAAAGCAGUAGUUAUCUAAAAUUAUGAUGUUACCCUUCAACCUUUUGCACGUGGUAAAUGUUUAUUGCCAUUGUUUCCAAACACUUUACUACCUGUUUCUUAUCAGAUAUGAUCAAUGAGAGAUAAUUCUGUGACCGGGGAAACAUUUUUCUCGUUUCUAUUAUGCAAGCAUGCAUAGGCACCAAUAAUAAAUCGAUAAAAUUUGUCUGUAGUAAAAAUUCAGUUAUCAUUUCUUCUUUAUCUCUAAAAUAAAUCUGUUGUGAUAAACUGAUACAGAUUAUUCACUUAUAAGUUUGUUUAGGUGUUUGGAUUAUGUCAAUGUAACAGUGAUUAUUGUGCUUUGACCUCUGGGUAAUGUGUCGAAUAACUUUAGUUUCAUCUAAGUUAGAGUUAAAAGAGUACAUACAAACUCUUGAUUACUAGCCAAAGUUACAGCAAGGCAGCCGAACAAAAUUGAUGGUGUAGCAAGCUUUCCAGCACAUCAGCUCUGCACAGCUCUGUUCUGAAUGCCCAUUACUCUUGCAUGUUGUUUUUAAGAGUUGUAUCUUCUUUUUAAGUUUCUAUGAGGGUACUAGUGUUGUACAUUUCAUAUUUAUCACAAAAAUAGGGCAGUGUACAUGUCUCUCUCCUUCUACUUCUCACUGUCUAGCGAUUUCUGAAGACCCACACACUUGGUGAGGGGUUGAUGAAUUGAGCUCAUCACCGUCCAUCUGCUUGUAACAGGACUGCUGGCUGUAUAAUGAAUAAUCAUUUCACUCUUUUAAUUAUGUCUCAUGAUUCUGUUGUGUCCAGAUGUAAUCAAUGUUUUUCUUUUAAAAAAUUGUUCUAUUGUUCUUUCUUGUCUGCUCUAUCUAUGGAAUAUUCAAUUGUGUGGUAGAACUGAGGUCCAUGACAAGCUUGCAUAAGUGGGUGUAAAUGAAAGCUCAAAUCUAGUUCUAUUGGUGAGAUAAAUCUUGUGUAUUUUCCUGAGAGGACGAAUUAAAAUUUCUGUGAGAGUGCUUGUUCAUUUCCAUGAUGACUUUUCAAAAGUAAAUUGUUUCUUCAGAUUUUAUGUGGAUAGUUUCCAUUCAGAACUGAUAAAUACAGACUGAAAUGUAAUACAGUUAAAAUUAUCUUUUUAAAAAUUUGCUUUGUUUUAUAUGAUUUUGAAAUGCACAAAUUAUGAGCAAUAAGUACUGGAAAUCGGUCUUACAGUUUUCAAAUUAAAGUGUGCUUCCCUUCAAUACUGGCACAAAAUUGUCUGUUACAGCCUUGCUGCUUAAUUCUUCUGUUUUAAUUUUUUAUUAUUAUAAUUUUCUAUGGCAAGUCAUCGGAAAAUAAUUGUUGUUUGUGGUAUGAGUCAUCUUGAGCAGCUGUGUACAGAAACUUUGUGAUAUAAUUCUUUACCUGUACUUUGUACGCAUAACAUGCUUAGGAUAAACUCAAAUGAAUGCUUGGAUUGUUUUCAUCUUUGAGAGGACGUAUCUAAUUCACUAAAGUCAAUUUCGUGGGGAUGCUCCAACACACGGGUGUCUUUUCAUUAAGUGGGCCUUAUUUGAGAGCUUUGUAUUGGUUACUUGAAUGAUUUUAAUGACUGUGGUGAACCAAUUGUGGUGCAUGUUUGUUUGGGACUUCUCCCAGACUGCAUAGGUAAUAUUUUUGAAAAGGUGUGAAAGUGUCUGAAGUUUGUGUGAUGUAUUGUAAGGUCUAGCAUAUCUUGUUCUGCAUAAAAUAUAUUUGUUAUCUCUUGCCAUUGCUAUGUUAAUCUUGACGGCAGUGUUAGUUAUUGUUUAGUUGUCAGUAAAGUUAAAAGCUAAUAACUGCAAUGAAAUUCCAGUACCCUAAGAGGAAGGGAACAAUUCUUAUUGAAGGGUAAAACUGUAUUGGAGGUUUUAAAGGUCCGUUGAUCCUUCAUAUUGAUUGUUUUAAAAGUUACUGUCAUAGGGUGCUAACAGCACAAGAGUUGGCAAGUAACAUGGAAAGCAGGCAACCAAAGAACUUUGUUUUUAAAGGAUGACACUCGUGUCGAUGCAUUAUUGCCCUUUCUCGUUGCCAUACUGGCCGGGUAGUGUCUAUCAAGGUAAUUUUUAUACCACUGUUUCUCUUGUACAGGUAAAGAAUAUGUUAAAGGAUAAUCAUAGAUAUGAUGAUCAGAAUGUCAGAAAUUUUUUUAACAAACAAGUAACUAUUGUCCAAUGCCCAUUUCUGUUCUAUGGGUAGCUCAUUUUAUUUGUAGACAGUGAAAUAUUUUAUCUGUUUAAAUAUACAGCAAAAAUGUCUCUUAUAUUAAACUGUACCAUCUACUUCUUAGAAUUUUUCAGUACACAAAUUAAUUUUGGCGUUGUAGUGUACAGCGUAGUGUACAUUUGCGUUACAGUAUAGGACUAGAUCUUUGUAUAACUUUUUUGUCAUAAUUUAACUUACAAGGAACAUUACACAUUACACUGUUAGUAUACUCACUAAGGAAUAAUUUAACUUUGCUCUGAACCAGCAUUAAGUUUGGAACUGUCUCAUGAGUCCUGUUACAUUUCCACUUUUCGUUUCUAGAUUUCUCUUCUUUUCCUUUAAUCUCCUCUUUUCUUUGAAAAAGAAAGCAAAAUUUUUAAUUUGAACUUAUGAAAAAUGCUUCCGAAUGUCUUUCCAAAGCAAUGUUGUCUAUUGUGUGUGGAGUUUUACUCUGAGUGUUCAUGUAAUGAUGUUGGUGGUAUUCCUGGUAUGUACCUGUUACCAUAAGCAGUAUUUUCCUCGCUUUCGCCUCAAUUUCAGAAACAUGCUAUAUGUAUGUCAAUAGGAAACUACCUUGUUUUCUUUAAUUACCAGGUGUGAAAAGAUAGAUCAGGUGCUCGUAAAGUUGAAAACAUGGUGAAACCAUUUUUUUUCUUUUAGUGUAUAGAGGGUUUUAUUUUCAUGAGAAUUAAUCGUAUGCCUUGAUAGCUUCUUUACUUAGCUUCCAUUUGUUUAUGAUAACUUAUUUUGAUGCAUCAAAGUAGUCAUAGGUGUAGUACUGUAUGCUCACAGUGUCUUCAAGACACAGCGUGCAGCUUUUCAGUGUAUUACCCUUUUCCCCCCUUUUUCUUUGUUUGUUUGUUGUUUUCUGUUUUGUUACAAAAUCUGAUGUGCUCUUCCGUCUGUCUUUUGUUUGAUUAACCUUUUUUACCAUAUCCUAUCAUUAAAAAAUGUUGUAGGGUUUGCACAGAUGUACAGAACCUCACAUCAUUUGAUUCAAACCAUGAUACCAUUUUUAAAGUACCACUCUUUCCCAUGUUUACUCACUCCAUGUUGCAUGAUAUUGAAUUGAUUGUGGUUAUAAUUUCAUUCUACUUGAACAUUUCCAGAGUGGGAAUAGCAUCAGUAAGGAUCUUCCUAGUUUUCAAUUUCAUGUUCAUUCCCUAAUUGUCCUGUAUCAUACCCUCCCCCUUUUCCUAGAUAAAUCUUCUUUAGUUUUACUAUGCAAUGCACAAAUAUUUCUCAUCUUAGACUCCUCUUAGAAUAGUUGAUCAUUGAAAGAGGCAAAUAAUGUUGACACACUUUUGGUAGUGCCCUUGUUGUUUUGGUGAUCGUGUUAAUGGAGUGGAUGUUAUAAUUUUGAUCUUCUCAAAACAAGAUCAGUCAAGUGUGUCAUGUGUGUCUUUUAUCAUGUAAACUUUGCAGUACAAGGUUUGUGAAAUCAGGAACUGAAUUGUCAGACCUGCUGUACUUUGGAGGAAGGGACCUUUUCAUGAUCUGGUUGCAUUCUGAUUUCAUUUGAUAUCUUUCUAUUAGAUCACUGCUUCCUUUCAUGUCUUUCUUUCUGCAGUCAAGUUAGAAAAGAGUGUAUUUUCUUGUAAUUAAGUUUUCUUAACUCCAGUGCUGCACAAUUUUUGUAAAAAUUACUGUGACUAUCAUGUGUAUAAAUUAUAAUUGCCUACAAUGGUUUUGAAACGCCUUAAUUUAAAGUAGUGCCUUAUUUUAAAAAUAACAAAUCGUUUCAAAAUCAAAAAUGUUUUAUCAUUAAAUUUUCAUUGUUGUGCUCCUUGUAACUUGACCUUAUUUUGACCAUAGAUUAGUUCACUGAGUAUUACAAGUUAGGUUUCUGCGAUUCUGAAUUUAGCCAAACUCCCACCGAUCUAUUUUUCUCUUCUUUCCGCUAAAUAGUACCAAAACAAAAGUGAAGUCUUGUGAUAUUUGUCAAGAAAGACAAAAUUUGCCUCAAAAAUAUCAGAGUAUGAGAAGUCACAUUCAUCCUCUCUCUCUCUCUUCCUUUUGAACUAGUAUUUUAUUUUCUGUGAGAUUUUAAUGUGGUCUUGAUUUAUGUACCUAGUGUAAAAUUUAGUAUUGGUAUUGUUCUUUCUCAUCUUGAUUGUUAAUAUGUUUGUCUUCAGAUUUAUCCUUUAUUUCCAUGAAAUCAAUUUAAGGUCUUGAAAGAUACAAGACAGUGUGACAGUGAAUUUUGUGGCUUCUCUGAGGUUCACUGCUCAUAAAGAGUCUGGUGAAGUCAAAGCAUAAGCUCCGUUCAUUCUACUAUGAUCUGUAGAUCUUCUGAGGGAAACCUUAACAAACUAUCUCCUCUCAGUCUAGACUGUUAGGGUCCUACUGGUAAAGUGAUCUGUGAUCUAAGUUGUCCAACUGAAGUGAUUCAUUGUUAUCACUUUGUACAGCUGAAUCCAACUGACCUUUUCCGUGCUCUAAUCAAGCCUAAAUAAAUAUCAGUACAGAACUGAGCUGGAACUGAUUGUGAAUAAGGAUUAGGUUAUCUUCUUUAGGAUUUGUUGAAAUGCUUUAUGUGGUAAUAAAUGCUUGUUCAGUUAACUGUCCGACAGAACAUAGCACAGUAGUUCAAAUGGCCUAACUAACCUUGUAAAAAUGGUUUGGUGGUGCAUGAGGUAUAUGCUUGAUCACCGCAAGUCACAAAGCCUUUAAGGAUAAUUUUGACAGAAUCAUUGUGUUGUUUUCUCUUUUGUUUUGUGUGAGAAGUUAGCAAUGACUACUUUGUAACUUGAAUUUUUGAAUAAACAGGCACGUGCUAUA